AUGUCGACCGAUCAACAACAAACCUCUUCACAACAAUCUUAUACUCAUUAUCAGCAUUUGUCGUCUAUUGGAACUCUUGCUGGUAAUAAUAAUGGUAUAGGUUCACAUAAUCCCAUCUUGUAUAAUGCCAAUCAAUACUCCCAAACUUCGACAAUGGCUGGAUCAAAUUCAACCCAAGUUAUCAAUACAUCUUUAAAUGUGUCAUCGGGAGUUGCCACAUCAGUGGAUACUUUUGCUAAUAGAAAAUCUUCGGCUACAACUAUGAUCACGUCACCAAUAAAAAAUCUUCAAGAUCUCGUAUCUGAAAAAUCACCAUAUACUUAUGCAACUUUGAUUAAUUAUGCAAUUGAAAAUUCUCCUAAUAAAAAACUCACAUUAAAUGAAAUUUAUAAUUGGAUUAUGGAGAAUUAUCCUUAUUAUAAGACCCUGGUGCUGGCUAGAAAUGCUGUUGAAACUGAAUCAUGUAACAAAAGAUCUUUGAGUGUUUGUCGCAGUAUGCCAUACCGACCACCUUCUCAUUAUACUUACACAACUAUGGAACAACAUUACCUUUCAGCACAAAGGCUUGGAGGUAAUGCAAGCAUCCAACAACAAACAAUGUCUUAUACCGGUGCUAGUAUUAGUAAUAUUGCCACUUAUGAUACUAAUAGCCACGCUCAUAUGGACGGGCAUAAUGCUACCGCUUUUAGCGGAUAUA